AAAAAUAAAGACCUUCACUUGCCGAUCUGUCCAACUGUGGUCAAGAUCAAACACAUUCAUAACCACAUGAUCAACAGUGCAGAUGCCCUUAAGCAUAGAGAUGUUAGUGAGGAUACCAUAGAGAUCUUCAAAAACCUGUAUGCCAAAGGCCAUUCUCCUGCAUCUGCACUGAACACACAUAAGUUAGACAUGCAACUGCAACAUGAGAAAGACUAUGUCUACGAAGCUGCAGAUCGUGCCAAUUGUCCAGAUAUACAGUUCUGUCACAGGCUGUACAGGAAGAUAUUUGACAAAACCUAUGGUGCUGCAAGUGGUGAGCAGAUGCUGCAUGAUUUGGAAGCAGCCAUAGAAAGCUACAAUAGUGAGCAAGGAGAGGUGUGUGGUAAAAUAAAAGACAUAAAUGGCAAGAUUGUGAUUGCUCUUUGUACACCACUAAUGAAACGUGUGCAUCAAAACCAUGACUAUAGUGGGGAACUUGUGUUUAUUGAUGCAUCAGGAGGUAUGGACAGAUACGACUGUCGAAUCUUCAUGAUGUUGACCCACAGUGCAGCAGGCGGUUUGCCUCUUAGAUGCCUCAUUGUCACAUCUGAGUGGCGUGACUGCAUAAUUCAGGAUUUAAGGCUCUACCUAGAAAUCUUACCGAAAGAUGGAUUCUUUGGUCGAGGUUCGAGUGGACCCUUGGUGUUUUUGUCUGAUGACAGUGAGGCAGAAAGGCAGAGUCUUCACGAGGUCUUUCCUUAGGCUACGUUGAUUCUCUGUGUUUUUCACUUGCUCCAAGCAGUUUGGAGAUUCUUGUGGGAAGGGAAAAACAUUAUCAGAAAGGAUCAUCGUCCUCAGUUGCUUUCAGCUGUGAAGAAAAUGACAUUUGCCGGCAGUGUUAUAGCUCUUGAAGAGGCUUAUUUUUUUUUUUUUUUUUUUUUUUAUGUAGGAAGGAUACUGGCCAAGGGCAACAAAAAUCUAAUAAAAAAAAUGCCCACUGAAAUGCCAGUCCCUAAAAGGGUCAAAGCAGUGGUCAAAAAUUGGUGGAUAAGUGUCUUGAAACCUCCCUCUUGAAGGAAUUCAAGUCAUAGGAAGGUGGAAAUACAGAAGCAGGCAAGGAGUUCCAGAGUUUACCAGAGAAAGGGAUGAAUGAUUGAGAAUACUGGUUAACUCUUGCGUUAGAGAGGUGGACAGAAUAGGAGUGAGAGAAAGAAGAAAGUCUUGUGCAGCGAGGCCGCGGAAGGAGGGGAGGCAUGCAGUUAGCAAGAUCAGAAGAGCAGUUAGCAUGAAAAUAGCGGUAGAAGACAGCUAGAGAUGCAACAUUGCGGCGGUGAGAAAGAGGCUGAAGACAGUCAGUUAGAGGAGAGGAGUUGAUGAGACGAAAAGCUUUUGAUUCCACCCUGUCUAGAACAGCAGUAUGAGUGGAACCCCCCCAGACAUGUGAAGCAUACUCCAUACAUGGACGGAUAAGGCCCUUGUACAGAGUUAGCAGCUGCGGGGGUGAGAAAAACUGGCGGAGACGUCUCAGAACACCUAACUUCAUGGAAGCUGUUUUAGCUAGAGAUGAGAUGUGAAGUUUCCAGUUCAGAUUAUAAGUAAAGGACAGACCGAGGAUGUUCAGUGUAGAAGAGGGGGAUAGUUGAGUGUCAUUGAAGAAGAGGGGAUAGUUGUCUGGAAGAUUGUGUCGAGUUGAUAGAUGGAGGAAUUGAGUUUUUGAGGCAUUGAACAAUACCAAGUUUGCUCUGCCCCAAUCAGAAAUUUUAGAAAGAUCAGAAGUCAGGCGUUCUGUGGCUUCCCUGCGUGAUAUGUUUACCUCCUGAAGGGUUGGACGUCUAUGAAAAGACAUGGAAAAGUGCAGGGUGGUAUCAUCAGCAUAGGAGUGGAUAGGACAAGAAGUUUGUUUUAGAAGAUCAUUAAUGAAUAAUAAGAAGAGAGUGGGUGACAGGACAGAACCCUGAGGAACACCACUGUUAAUAGAUUUAGGAGAAGAACAGUGACCGUCUACCACAGCAGCAAUAGAACGGUCAGAAAGGAAACUUGAGAUGAAGUUACAGAGAGAAGGAUAGAAACCGUAGGAGGGUAGUUUGGAAAUCAAAGCUUUGU